AUGGCCGCUUCGGAGCCCGCCGGUCCGCCGCGGAAGGAGCUGAGCGCCUUCUUCGUCGUCGUCAACGGCCAGGUCGAGAGCGGCGAGUUCCCCGACGACGACUUGUACGUGCGCUACGGCUUCAGCUUCGGCCCGGACUGGACGGUCGUCGACGGCAUCGAGACGGGCCUGAGCCAGAUCGCGCGCAAGGCGCCGGGCGUGGACCAGUCCGUCGUCUGGAACUUCCCCGUCGACAUUUCUUUCAAAAGCACGAACGCGCACGGGUGGCCGCGCAUGUCGAUCUCCGUCUACGGCGUCGACGGCCUGGGCCGCGACGUCGUCCGCGGCUACGGCUCCGUGCUCAUCCCGCCCUUCCCCGGGGGCUACGACCGCUACAUCCACACCUACGUGCCCGUGCCCUCGAGCCUCUGGCAGCGCUUCGUGUCGUGGUUCACGGGUACCUACGCGGAGUUCUACGACUCCAAGUUCGUCGCCCAGGGCGAGAACCGCGAGGUGACGCGCGUCGAGUCCACGGGCGUCGUCAAGGUCAAGUUCGACGUCCUCACGCGGGGCAUGGAGACCCUCGGCUACCAACCCGCGCACCGCCAGGUGACCCACUAA